UGUCAAUGUUUAUUUUAAUGCGAAUGAUCAACAACAGCUUCGAUCUGCACACUUCUCGAUAUCCAGGCAUAUCGAUAAGCUUCCAUCAACUCUGAUGCAAAACGGAAUAAAAAGAACCACACAAAAAGUUUGCGGAAAAGGAAAAGUGCAUAUAAAUGAGUGUAAUAAUAAUCAAAGACGGCGGCGUAAUUAAUUGCAAUGUGUAGCAAAGAGUGUAAAAUAAAAAACAUGCGCUGCAUCUGCUGCGUAUGACAAAGUGAAUUUAUUUUAUCUAAAUUCGAAAUUAAACUAAAGAGGUAGGCUUCAGAGCAGUUCAUUCUUUCGCUGUUGUCUUCCUCUUCGUUUCGUGCGACACAAGCAACAGUAACAUACUACACACACACACAGGCAUACGCAUGAACACACUGACAGACAGAACGAUAUAUAUUUUUGUCGAGGGGCAAAAACUGUACGCGUUGUGUAUGCAAGAGAAAGAGGAGGAGGAGCAGUAGCAGUAGUUAGUGGUCUGUUGCUGUUACUAUUGAUGUUUUCAUAGUGUGCGUGUGCUACCAAUUUGCUGCCUUAGUGUAAUUUAUUAAAUCAGCGGGAUUCAGCCUUCAACUACUUCUCCCCACUUGUGUUUUGCUGCUGAGCGCAACAUAAACUAUAUGAUAAUGGUACGUAGGCGCGCCCGAACCGCCAAAGAGCCCGCCAUAGUGGUGGUAACCUCAAAUGAGGAGGACGCAGCUGCUAAUGCUGCUGCUGUUAAUGUGAACGUCGCGUCGCUGUCGCUGCCAUACAAUGGCGCAGCAUUAAGCGCUGCUGCGGCGGCAGCCAACAAACAACACCAACAACAACAACUUAUGGAUGAUCAAUACUUUGCCAGCCCAAAGCGAAAAGACUGCCGCCUGAUGAAAGCCAAUGAAAAUCUCAAGGCGAACAUCAACAACCACAGCAACAACACCAACAGCAACAAAAACAAAGUAAACGCAAAGUCUGAAGCGGAGCGCAAUAUAGGCGUACAAUUAGCCACGCGCUCGCAAACACGCACGAUUGAGAACUUUUUCAAGGCGAAGAGUGCAAAUGUUGCCAAGUUAACAGAACAAAAGACAAUAACAAUAAGUGAACUCGAACAGCAGCAGCAGCAGCAGCAACAGGAGGAGGAGCAGGAAGAAGAAACAUUAUUGUUAUAUGAAGUGCAUUCGGUGGCCUCACCCAGCGACAGCAACACAACCAGCAACAGCUCGCCAGCAUAUCAGCUGGAUGAGGAGCAGAGCAAUGAUGGCAGCUAUGAGGCGUCAAAUCAACAUAUGCAACACACUGUGGCGGCCUUUCAGACGCAUCGCUCGGCCUUGCGUGACAGCCAUGGCUCAUCGCAUAGCAGCAGCAGUGGGGCGACCAACAAUAGCGACAAUAUAUUUCUGCAGGAACCUGUGCUCAUGCUGGACAUUGAUCGCACGCCCACCAAAGCAUCUAGCAUACGCAUAAACAAGAGCUUUGAGCUGGCCAGCGCUGUAUUUUCCUCACCGCCUGCUGUGCUAAGUGCCUGUGUGCUCAAUGGACGUUUCAAUCAAAUUGUCUCGCUCAAUGGCAAUGCCGUGGAGCAGGAGCCGCAGCAGCAGCCGCCGCUAGUGCCUGAGCCCGUAAAGGCCUUGAGUGUUGAGCUGGAUCAUCAGGACAGCAGUUCAUGCGACAGUGGCGUUGCCUGCAGCUCCUCGCCUGCCGCUGGCCUCAACGUAUCAAUGCGCCGACGCAAGCCUGCCACGCCACAUCGCAUUCUCUGCCCCUCGCCUAUUAAGACCAUGCCUCGCGAUAUGGGGCUGCUCAAGAACGAGCCACACUCGCCUAGAAAAUCACCACGCAAGCUGCAAUUGCAACUGCAGCAGCUGCAACAAAGUGCCGCUUGCAAGUCGCGCCGAAGACUGAAUCAGCCAAAGCAACAGCAAGCACCAGCAGUGCACAUGGUGCCCAAUGAAGAGACUGUGGUGGUGCUGCUCGAUGACGAUGAAGAGGAUAUGCGAGCGCUGGAGCGCGAGAAUCUAAACGAAGCGGCGAAGCCCAUGCUUAAGCCAGUGGCAGUGCCUGUGCCUGUGGCUGCAGUGAAGCCCAAGACUUCCACCAAGUCAGGCAAAAUCAAAGCGCCCACGUGCAAAUCGCAGCCACUGGCUGCCACCAAUGGCAAUCGUGAGCUCACCGAAUUCUUUCCAGUGCGCCGCAGCGUGCGUAAAACCAAAACCGCUGUCAAAGAGGAAAUGAUGCGUGACCUGGAGCAAGCAGUGCUGGAAGAACGCUGCGAGGGACUGCAAGUGCGUCAUUUUCUGGGCAAGGGACGCGGCGUUGUGGCCGAACGUCGCUUCAAGCGCAACGAGUUCGUUGUGGAAUACGUAGGCGAUCUAAUCUCCAUAAGCGAGGCCAGCGAUCGCGAGCGUCGCUAUGCGCUGGACGAGAACGCUGGCUGCUACAUGUACUACUUUAAGCAUAAGAAUCAACAGUACUGCAUUGAUGCCACCAUAGAUACGGGCAAGCUGGGACGGCUCAUCAAUCAUUCGCGCAACGGCAAUUUGAUGACCAAAGUGGUGACAAUUAAGCAGCGACCGCAUCUGGUGCUGCUGGCCAAAGAUGACAUCGAGGAGGGCGAGGAGUUGACUUAUGACUAUGGCGAUCGUUCCAAGGAAUCGCUGAAGCAUCAUCCCUGGCUGGCAUUUUGAGCUGAAUCUUAGCAUAUAGUUAUUGUUUAAACAAGAGAAGAGGGAAUUGUUAGCGCGCUCAUUUUAUAUUUUGAAAUUUGUUAGCGACACACAAAAAAACGAAAAGCAAAUGCAUAAAUUAUAAUAUUACACAUAAAAUUGUUAAACAUUUAGACAAAAUGCUGCUGAAGACAUUAACAUUGCAUAAACAUUUAUGAGCAGUAUGGAAUGCAUGUCUGUUAUGCAUUAUAUACCUAUAUAUAAAUUAUAUUUGCUUACUAUUUACUGCCAUAGUGCUACCUAUUGUAUACACCCCGUGCACCUCGCCUAGCCUCAAGCCCAACACACACACACAAAAAGCAAAUCCUGACUAGUUUUUAGUAUUUUAUGAAUAUUGCAUCUACACAAACUCACACAACACACUCACACACAAUUCAUUUAUAACAUUUGACGAGGCUUAACUGCAGCUCAACAACAAUUUCGCAUAUAUUCUUCCCAUAUGAGCAGGUUUCAGAAUACUCCACAGUUCCGAGUCAUUUGCAUUGCAUCCUAGACAUCUUUUAGUUAAAAUUUACUGCCCCGUCCUUCCUAAAAAUUAAAGCAAAAACAAAUAUUUAAUAAGUGCAAAGCUUGUAUUGCAAACUUGGUUCAAAUAAAAUAAAAUAUAUAAUUAAUUUCAA